GCCUCCUCGCUUUCAAACUUUACGACAUCCUCAUCAUUUCUGGUCCCUUGGCCCAUUGUCUGUUGUUUUGAAUGCACCAACAGAGUCUCGAUUGCGCCUUCUCAACACGUAAACUCAGGUGAUACGCUCGUCUUGAUUGAAUCGUCACGUUCUCGAUACCAAAGCUUUGGUAGGAUCGAUCUUCGAGAGACGAUCUAUAGCUCAUUACAUAUAGCUUCUCAGCUCUCAGCUCUCUCCUCUACUUUGAUUGCCUUGAAGAUACGGCCAGCAUUUGCUCGUGUACCAAGAUGACAUCCUCUUGUUGCACAGCUCAGCUUGCGCUCUGGCGCGAGAUCGUCUCUAAAUGUCACCAGGAGACGAAGCCAGUGAACCAGCAUCUCGAUUUUAUUCGCAAGCGUUUCGAUGAACUUGACUCGGAAGGUUUCAUUUGGUCCAAACAAUCAAUCCUUGGGAUCUUUCUUCAACUCGGUCUAUCAGAAAGCCCUAUUGAUUCUUCCGCAUCUGUUAACCAAACAACCGAAUCUCACGUUCGCCCAACGGUUAAAAUUCCAUUUGACGGAGUUGAAGAAGAUACUGGAGACAAGGGAUUACGAAACACAUCGCAUGCUGUAGGUCUCAUGGACCUACCGAUUGAAGUCUUUAACAACAUACUCGAAAAGCUUGAUUGCCUGGCUGAGUCCGAAAAACAGCAAAUAACAUUCAAAAAGCAAUCAGCCCUCGUGAUGAUCACUGCCAUUCCAAGUGUCCGGGAGCCCUAUAAGACCUACUUGCACCGAAAUUCACCAAUCUUGAAUCUUACUCAAACCUUUUCGCUGACUUCGCGCGAGAUAUACAGACGUUGUGAACCAUGGCUAUGGCGAAAACUGCAGUUCCCUUCUAGCCAUCCAGCGCCAAUAGAUCUAUGGACAGAAGAUAUUCUCCUCAAACGAGGUUCCCAUGUCCGAUCUUUAACACUUACUCUCUCCGAAAACUGCAAGAAACCUUUGGACGAAUUUGCAGAUUAUGAUCCGUUCUACGACAAUCUGAUCCCUAUGUGCAAAGUUACCCCUCAGCCGAUCUCACCAAAAAACAUCCGAGACUUGAUCAUUCGGUGCCCAAACAUUUCUACGCUGAAUCUUUGUAAUAAACAUGAAGAAGACGAUGAAGACGUGGGUAGAACCGAUGCUUUCUUAUCAGAUCUAGUUCCACUCUUAUCAAGUCUUAAACAACUUCAGCAUUUGAAGCUGCACGAUGAAUAUGGCAAAACAAUUAUGACAGACUUUCCGGCGAAAGUUGUUGGUAGUCUACCAUUGCUCAAGUCGCUUAUAAUCCGUGCACGCACAUCAUCUGGAAAUCAGCAAACAGUUGGUGAUGCUUCCUUGGGAUACAAUCUAUCCAAACUUAAAUAUCUAUCACGACUGGAAUUAUGGGCCAAUGAAGAUAUAGAUGAAACAUGGUGUCUCUAUGAUUGGCCAAGGACAAUCACACAUCUUAGACUUAUCAGAUGUCGUUCAUUAUCAUUCAGUUCGGCACUUAGGGUCAUUCGCCACAUUUCACCUUACCUGACUACACUCGAGCUUGAUUUCACCAACGAUCAAGAUGAUGACGGCUUUGACAUCGACCCUAACUGGGAUCCUCAAAGCCAUCCAGUGUUUCCAUCUCUAACCUACCUGGACCUUUCGACUCAUGAGCCUCGUUCUCUGCUCAGCUUCCAAGAAUGUAAAACUUUACUUCAUCUCAAAUGGCACUUUAACACAUUAGAUCAUAUCAGGUCCCUGGAUGGAAUUCUAAGGAAAGCUACUUGGCCUUAUCUCAAGGAAUUGUCUAUACGCUUUGGACCUGCUGCAAGGUCAUCUGAUGUUCAAAAUCAAGAAUGGGCCGAUCAAUUAGUCGCGAUAGCAACUUUUUGCAAACAACACAAUGUUAAAUCGAAAAUGUGCCGGCUCAUAGAUCGUUGAUUUGGAUGUUGGGAAAUAUUUGAGGUCUUAUGGUAGAGUUUUGUAUUUUCCAAUCCCAGAUUUAUGAUGUCCAUCAGGAAUUUCACAUGGAAUGACUUUUCCGAUACUCAACUUGCCUUGUUUGUGUAAGUACUGUCAACCCCGAGUUAAUGAACACAUGUUAGAUUGAACUUUGCUACUUAACCUUCUCCUUUCCAUAACAUAUAUGAUAAUUGUACUGUUCUUGAUCACUGCUUCAAAAUUGUAUAUAAAAUCAAUCUCUUCAGAUUUCUUAUGCACCAAAGACCAAGAAAGUGGGGCAGACUCCUGAUAUCUAAUCAUGUGCAACUUAUCAACAUUCAGGCAGGCU